AUGUCGUUUAAAAGAGCGUUGGUAACUAUAGUAGUAGUAGUGCAAGUGUCACGUGUUCGCGUUAUUUCGGUCCGCGAUGCUAAAUCUUCUCACUUCUCAGAUCCUUCCGUAUAUUCUGUAAUAGCAUCAAUGUUUGGCAACCACUGCCACUCCGCCGCUCCGCCCGCGGCGCGCGAUCUCCUGCGCACGCUCCCUCUGUGUCAAAACGCAUUACUCGCG